AUUAUACCGAGCAAGAAACAGAAGGGGCCGUGGGGAACGGAGGAGCGCGGCGGCGGCGGCAAGGGAGAAGCGAUGGCGAGGGGCGAUAGCUGCUUGGCGCGCAUCGGCGCCGGAGUCGCAAUCGGCGGCGCGGUCGGCGGAGCCGUCGGUGCUGUUUAUGGGACUUAUGCCGCUAUCAGAUUGAGGGUCCCUGGGUUGCUGAAGAUCAGACACAUCGGACAAGCCACUGUCGGCAGCGCUGCAGUAUUCGGGCUUUUCCUCGGAGCUGGAAGCUUGAUACACUGCGGGAAAAAUUACUAACUCGCGUCAAGUCACCCCUGCUUUUAUUAGGUUUUAAAGGAUUGUCUGCGUAAAGCAUUUGUUUGAUCUUUAAGGAACAUUGGAGUUCUGCUACUAUUUACUCGGUCCUAGCUUUUGAUAUGUUUGCCUUACUGUUGAUGUGGAAAUAAAAUCUUUCGUCAUCUGUAUGAGAGGUAGGUGGUGAAAGCAGGAUUCAUGAGAGAAAACGUUUUGUUGUAUUGAAGUCAUAUGUCAUUCUCAUCAGUAAAAGAAAUAGACCAUUUUCUCCCGA